AAUAUUUUGGAUACGAUGGUGAUGGAAGCUAUGAUCCAUAUGGUUCUUUUGGCUCCAAGAAAUCUCACUCAUUUUGGCGUUUAUUUGAGAAGAAUGAAAAAUGUCGAGAACGAACAGUGUUUUACGCAAUUGGAAUGGAAGAAAUCGUUGUAUUUUUAUUGCAGUAAGGGCGUUUUGGAAACAAACAAUGCAAAUGUAUUCUGGAAGCAUCUAAUAAAAUAUUUUAAUGGUUGCUAUUUACGGAUGCAUGCGUUACCUUACGCCCCUUUUGUGCUAAGUAACAAAAGUGGAAUAGAAAUAGAUAUUGCGAAAGAAGUGGGUAGGAUUCUUAAUAUAUCCUUUAGAAUUCAACUGUAUCCGUACCCCGCGUCAUCACUUGGAGAAAAAAUAGAAAAUGGUUCUUGGACCGGUUUUUCACAACCAAUUUAUGAAGACUGGGAUAUUGGAAUAGGAAACAUUUCACCGGAACGCAACCUCUUAGAAGAUUUUACUUUCUCUAUUGGAUAUCAUUGGGUUAAAAUUGUAUUUAUUACUCCUAUUGCUCCAUUAAUUCCAAAGUGGCGAAUACUAACUGUUAUAUUUAGCCCAGCAUUAUGGGCAAUAUGCUUAACAGUAAUAUUUGGAUUUGCUACAAUAUUUUGGAUUUUUAAAAAACCAAUAGAAAAGAGCUCAUUUAAGGGUUACCAAAAAUGCAUCGAGGCAGCAUAUCAAAUUUUAAUUGCUCACCCUGUGGUACAUCAACCAAUCUCAAAGUACACUAGAGUAUACUUUAUUAGCUUAGCAGUUUUUGCUAUCAUAAUGUCUUCUGUUUAUACUUCCUCAUUAAUAUUUUAUCUGCAGACCCCCAUUCGACAACAUCAAAUAAAAACCGGAAAAGAAAUUGUCAGUAAUAAUUUGGUACUUGGAGCUUUAAAACAAUAUAAACCAAUAUUUGAAGUGUCAAGGACCCAAACUGCUAAAAUAUUAUUAAAAACAUAUCAGACCAGAGAUGAUGUCAACGAUACGUACAUUCACUGGUUAGUCAAAGUUGCAAAUGACAAAAAUAUGACAACAUUAGCAGGAAAGCUAUUUGUAAAAUAUUUAAUUUCAAUAAACGAUCCUAGAUUCGUGGAUAAACAUGGGCAACCUAAAAUAUACAUUACACCUAAAUCAAUUUUAAUUCAACAGAUUGCUUUUAUGAUGAGACGAGAUACUUUAUUAGAAGAUCCUUUGAAUUAUAUUAUACAAAGGUUUAUAAUUCAAGGAGGUGUUUGCGAAAAAAUAAAAAAACAGUACGAGUCUAAAAUUUUUCGCGAAGAUUAUACGGCAUCUGAAAACGAGCCCAAUGAUGAAGAUGAUGACCAAGAUGGUACAGAUCCUGGGGUCCACCCACUUACUCCCAGUCAAUUACAAGCAGCUUUUACGAUUUGGUUAAUGGGGUUGCUGGUCGCCUGCAAUAGCAUUAUUAUAGAGAUAAUUGUCACUUAUAUUGAAAAAUGGCUAAAGAAAAAGCACAAUUAGAAUCAGAAAUAAUAUCCUUAAAAUUAAAAAAAUAUAAAGUAUAAUCUUGUAGCAAGUUAUGUAAUUUAAAUUUGAUUUUAGGCCAGCAUAAAGUUUGCACUAAUAGUAUAAGUGAACUGUAAGGCAUGUAGUAACUCUCCUGUACUAAUUUUAUGAAACAACAUAUAGAAAAAUACUAAAACGAAUAAUUGAACAGUU